AAGGAAAUGGAUGUUGGACUUCAUGGUAGCUAGGAGGAAACACAGUUGAAAACACGUAGUUCCAUAUUUAAGGGUGGGAUUUAAAGCCUGCUUCAGAUCACCACGGGCGUUUUCCGUUUUCUCAAGGCAGAACAAGCCAGCCGCUAAUGCUAAAUGCUAACGGUUGCUCCCACAUGUCUCCAAGUAUAACGUAAUCAACGCUCCUGUCUGGUUAGCCUCAAGUUCAGUCGCAUGUAGCUACAAUAGUGGAUUGUUAACACAUACGCACUCAGCUGCGGUAGUUUUAUGGUGGCGUUAAUGGGAUGGAGAUUACCUACUUGCUUAUGCUGUUAUAAAUUUUGAUGAGAUAACCUCCUUUAAGCUACUGCUGCCAAGACAUACCAUCAUGGCGGAUUACUUAAUCAGUGGUGGUACAGGCUACGUUCCCGAAGAUGGACUCUCAGCUCAGCAGCUCUUCUCGAUUGGAGAUGGCCUUACGUACAACAGAUCUGACCAACAGUGCGUUGACUCCGAUGGUCAUACAGCUGAAGAGCUAUUUUCUAAAGGACAUGGGUUGACUUACAAUGACUUCCUGAUUUUACCUGGCUUCAUCGACUUUACCUCAGACGAAGUGGACCUGACAUCAGCACUGACCAGAAAGAUCACAUUGAAGACCCCUCUGAUCUCGUCCCCCAUGGAUACGGUCACAGAGUCAGCCAUGGCAAUCGCAAUGGCGCUAAUGGGAGGUAUCGGCAUCAUUCACCACAACUGCACUCCAGAAUUCCAAGCCAACGAGGUCCGCAAAGUUAAGAGGUUUGAGCAGGGUUUUAUCACGGACCCAGUUGUGAUGAGUCCGCGCCACACUGUCGGGGACGUGUUCGAGGCCAAAAUAAGACACGGCUUCUCUGGGAUUCCCAUCACAGAGACGGGCAAAAUGGGCAGCAAACUGGUGGGCAUCGUCACCUCCAGAGAUAUCGACUUCCUUUCUGAGAAAGACCAUGACAAACCUCUGGAAGAGGCCAUGACAAAGAGGGAGGACCUGGUAGUGGCUCCAGCUGGUGUUACACUGAAAGAAGCUAAUGAUAUUCUGCAGCGCAGUAAAAAAGGCAAGCUUCCCAUUGUAAAUAAUAACGACGAGCUGGUGGCUAUUAUUGCAAGGACGGAUCUGAAGAAGAACAGGGACUACCCGCUGGCCUCCAAAGACUCGCGCAAACAGCUGCUGUGUGGUGCUGCCAUUGGCACCAGGGAGGACGACAAAUACAGACUUGACCUGUUAGUGCAGGCUGGAGUGGAUGUCGUCGUACUGGACUCUUCACAAGGCAACUCGGUGUAUCAGAUCAACAUGAUAAAUUAUAUUAAGCACAAGUAUCCAGACUUGCAAGUGGUGGGUGGAAAUGUGGUCACAGCAGCCCAGGCCAAGAACCUGAUCGAUGCCGGUGUCGAUGCUCUGAGAGUCGGCAUGGGCUGCGGCUCCAUCUGUAUCACACAGGAAGUCAUGGCAUGUGGGCGACCUCAGGGGACCUCAGUGUACAAGGUAGCAGAGUACGCCAGGCGCUUCGGUGUGCCAGUCAUCGCCGACGGCGGCAUUCAGACUGUGGGCCAUGUGGUGAAGGCUCUGUCUCUCGGUGCAUCGACUGUUAUGAUGGGCUCCCUGCUCGCGGCAACCACAGAGGCUCCAGGAGAGUAUUUCUUCUCGGACGGCGUGCGGCUGAAAAAGUAUCGCGGUAUGGGCUCCUUGGACGCAAUGGAGAAGAGCACCAGCAGCCAGAAACGCUAUUUUAGUGAGGGCGACAAGGUGAAAGUAGCCCAGGGUGUGUCGGGCUCGGUCCAGGACAAGGGCUCCAUUCACAAGUUUGUACCCUACCUGAUAGCCGGUAUCCAGCAUGGCUGCCAAGACAUUGGGGCAAAGAGUCUGUCUGUCCUCCGUUCCAUGAUGUACUCUGGAGAGCUCAAGUUUGAAAAGAGGACCAUGUCUGCACAGGUGGAGGGAGGAGUUCAUGGACUCCACUCUUACGAGAAGCGGCUUUACUGAAAACGGGGGGUGGAGGGAUGGAGUGCAGAUCAGCAGUGCUCGUGACGUACCCAGUCUAACAGUGACCAAAUGUUAAAUCGCUACUUCUGCUCAAGUACGUACCACCCACCACACCCUCUCCGCCCUCCCUGCAUCGUAUCCACCGUUACUCUCUCUCCCUGGUCCAAGCGGGCUGCUUUGGGGAGGAAAGAGGCGAAGUAGCGAAGUGAGAAUCUUCAAACUGGCACCCGACUCUCUGAACACCUGGGCUUUGUGCACUCAAGAAGCGGCGCAUCAGGGUUUUUCCGAACGUCAUACGCACCUCUUUCUCGAGUGUGCAGCUGACCCCAAUUCUGCGUGUGUGUUGAUAGUAGUGAGAGAAUGAACCGUGUGCGUAUUUGGUGAACUACAUGAGUGUGUGAAAUAGUUUCAUGUGUGUGUUGGGACAGUAAAAGUGAAGGCGCACUGUGUUUAUGAGUCCUGAUGAUAAUAGUGAGUCUGCAGCAGCCAUGGUGCAGAUCCUAUCAGCAUCUUGUUUGGGAUCCACACUUUACCAGCACGCUCCCCGUCGGAAGCCUCUCGCAUCCCACUUCGUAAACACACCAGUACGUACGUGCAGAAAACGAGACACAACACUUGUCUUUCUGUGUUUCGGUAUAUCAUGGAAAUCUUACUUUUUGUUUGUUUUUUUUUAAGUCAUCGCAGCUGCUUAAUGAACAGUGGCUCAUAUUGUUUACUUCCUGUGUUCCAUCCUGAGGUAUGAGAUGUUGGCCAUGGUGAUUAUCCCAUUGUGUCCUCUGGUGUUAACUACAGUCAGACAGAACUCUGAUCCACAGUCUUUCCCACUGUGGACAUUUCAUUUCCCCUUCAAAGACAUCUGGAGCCAGUCAAUCAGUGUCCCAUCUCAGUGCUCAGUGCGUAGUGUUCAUACACUGAGCAUGAGAGGGACCAAAAACUGAAUAAUCAGGUAUGUUGAAGAAAAACACCUAAAUUUUAGUAACUGAAUCAGAAAACAGUUCAUAAUUAGAAGUGCAAUUUCUCGGCCCGUAAUUUGAAUACUUUUAAAUCUUUAUAUGAAACCUGUAUAGUCUUGGGGGCGUUGAGUUGAUCAUGAAGUGCUUUUGAUAUGCAUGUUCGGUUGUUUUUUCACUAAGCCAAACUUGAUUCUAUUUAUAUUCUGCUUUAUUGUAACUGCGCACAUACUGCCAAGUGUAUUUACACUUCCUCUGACACUCUUCUUUUGUAACUUCAAAACCAAAAUUGGCAACAUGUCGCUUGCUACCUUGUCAUUUCGUCAUUCCUGUGUUCUCUGGUGGGACACAGGCUGUCUUCAGCAGGUUUAUUUUAUUUCAUACUCCUUUCUUUAUGCCAGAGGUAUGCUUUGAACCAGGAAUGGGGAAAAAGGCUGCACAGCUCAGUGAAAAUGCACAAUGCUAUACGUGCUCUCGUGUCCUUUUCUGACUUUAAAACAGUAUCGCUGUGUUUGUCAUCAUUCAGCUUAUGUAGGACCAGGCUUUUCUAAUACUUUCAUACCCAUUUGGCCAGACGUGUUUGUUUUUUUGUUUUUCCAAUAAAAAGUCCCACUUUGUACAAGUUGAGUUGCUUUCUCUAACGUGCUAAUGUACUGUGCCCUGCGCAGGGUUCACUUGACUAACAAAACCUUGCAUUUGGACUAAACUGCAAGAAAAUGUACAUGACAAUAUAUGGAGAAAAAUACUUACAUUCAGUUGUGAAUGACGGCUGCUUGUUCUUUUUGUUUCCCAUCUGAAGAGAAAUUUCAGGUUUCUAAAAUGUCUUAUGUGUCAAGUACUGAGUCCUGUCUGUCUAAAAAGCACAAAUAUAGUGUUAAGUGAGACGUUAGGUUUACUUUUUACUUUUUUUUUUUGUUAGUUUGUUUACCUGUUACACUUUGUUAUGAUUUCAGCUUCGGUAUAUUGCAGUAAGUUACCAGAACGCAGUGGUAGCUUCUGCAACCAGCAGCGUGAGCUUUUUAGGUGGACAGAAAAGACUCAGUAUUCAUUAAAUCUAUUAGGGGGGUUGUGGAAUUUCACAGAACAUGUUUACAGUAAAACACUCAGUAGAGGAAAGUUGCUUUUGCUGUUCAAUAUGGUAAAGAAGAAUAAAUAGAUAAAACUGUG